UCUGUGUCUCUCUCUCUCUCUCUCUCUCUCUCUGCCUCCUCAGUCUCUCACUGGCCGAAAUGAAACGGAAAGAACCCUAGGUGAUCUAGUCUAUUCCUUGCUCCAGUAGUAACAGUUCUCCGAACUCACCCUCACAGAUUUCAGUUUGUUCAGAAAGAGAAUCACAAGUGUUAUCUGCGAUGCAAGACUUUGUCGGAUCAGUUCGUCGAUCUCUGGUUUUCCGAAGCACAGAUGGAGAUGAAGAAGGUGGACUUGGUGGAGGUCUGGUUGAGAAGAUCGGUACUUGUAUCCGAAGAUCUAGGGUUGGUUUUCUCUCUAGGCUUUCCCCUCCAGCACUGCCUCCAAUCGUGAAGGACAAUGCACCUCCGAUCAGAUGGCGCAAGGGAGAAUUGAUCGGUUGUGGUGCCUUUGGUCGUGUAUAUAUGGGGAUGAAUCUCGACUCUGGAGAGCUUCUCGCUGUGAAGCAGGUUCUGAUCCCGGCCAAUAAUGCGUCGAAGGAGAAAGCACAGACACAUAUUCGGGAGCUUGAGGAAGAAGUGAAGCUUCUUAAGAAUCUCUCUCAUCCUAACAUAGUUAGAUAUUUGGGAACUGCUAGAGAGGAGGGAACCUUAAAUAUUUUGUUGGAAUUUGUUCCCGGUGGAUCUAUCUCAUCCCUUCUCGGAAAAUUUGGGUCUUUCCCAGAACCUGUAAUAAGAAUGUACACAAAGCAGCUAUUGUUGGGGCUAGAGUAUCUUCAUAAGAACGGAAUUAUGCAUAGGGAUAUUAAGGGGGCAAACAUCCUUGUAGAUAAUAAGGGCUGCAUCAAGCUUGCUGACUUUGGUGCAUCCAAGAAAGUGGUUGAACUUGCUACCAUAUCAGGUGCUAAGUCAAUGAAGGGUACACCAUAUUGGAUGGCUCCAGAAGUCAUACUUCAGACAGGGCACAGCUUUUCUGCUGAUAUCUGGAGUGUUGGAUGUACUGUUAUUGAGAUGGCUACUGGAAAGCCUCCUUGGAGUCAGCAGUACCAAGAGGUUGCUGCUCUUUUCCAUAUUGGUACAACAAAGUCCCAUCCACCAAUCCCUGAGCACCUCUCUGUUGAGGCAAAGGAUUUCCUGUUGAAAUGUCUGCAGAAGGAACCAAACUUGAGAUCCACUGCAUCAGAAUUGUUGCAGCAUCCAUUUGUUACUGGAGAAUACCGGGAAUCUCAUCCAAUCCUUCGCACUUCAGCUAUGGAAGCUUCUGCAAGUGUGUUGCCUUCAUCUGGGUCAAUUAUGAAGAACUCCAUUAGUCCUGCACUCAGACCUCAGACAACCUGCGAUGGAUUGAAUAAUGUUUUUGAUACGGGUAGUGUGAGGUGCUCAACUGUAUAUCCCGAGAAGUUCUCAGGGAUGGGACAACGGGGAACAAACACUAGUGAUGACAUGUGUCAGCUUGAUGAUAGAGAUGAUUUAUUGCUGGAUCAAUCGGUAGAAGUCACUUCUGUCUCCGCAGUGGAUGACUUCAAUAAGAGUUUUAAUCCAAUGUGUGAGCCCACUGACAAUUGGCCUUGCAAGUUUGAUGAAAGUCCUGGGCCAGAACAGGGAGGAAUAGACUUGCACUCAGGUCAUCCAGUUGAGGGAAUUUCUGGGAGUCCUGGAGCAUCUACCAAGGGUGACAAUGAUUUCUCAUUUCCAUUCGAGCCAUCAGUAUCUGAGGAUGAUGAUGAAGUUACUGAAUUAAAAAUUAGAGCCUUCCUGGAUGAGAAAGCUCUAGAUUUGAAGAAGCUGCAAACACCACUUUAUGAAGAGUUCUAUAACACCUUAAAUGCCUCUGGACCUCUGGGUAUUGUUGGGGGCAUAAACGAUGAAAAUGUAAUUAAUUAUUUGAAGUUCCCACCAAAAAGCAAGUCACCCAGUCAGGUUCCUAGUGGAACUCCAUCCCCAUCCCCAGCUGUUGAUACUGCUAGUCCUGGGAGUUGUAGCAGGCGUGUAUCUAAUAUCGGCUCUCAUAACAAUCAAUGUUUGCGGGAAAUUCCUUCACCUCAGCUUGAUGAAUGGAAAGGGGUUCUUCGUGACAGUCAGCAGGAACCAAUUAGCCCAAGUUUUUCUGAGAGACAGAGGAAGUGGAAAGAAGAGCUAGACCAAGAGCUUGAAAGAAAACGUGAGAUAAUGCGUCAGGCAGGUGUUGGUGGGAAGACAUCAUCUCCAAAGGAUCGAGCAGCAGGUGUUGGUGGGAAGACAUCAUCUCCUAAGGAUUGGGCUUUAAAUCGGCAGAGAGAUCGGUUGUGGUUUGCAUCCCCAGGAAAAUGAGUAUACUUACCCGUGUAUCUACUACAGUUGGUAACCCGAGUUGUUUUCCCAGCGAGUAUUAAUGUAUGUAGAGCUCUAUUUUUGGUGAAAUGUUCUAAUAAUAGAAAGUGGCCACAAGCCAUUCCUACAUGAAUAGCACAGGCAAGGCACCACAUACCCCAUUGUGUUCAGUUUCUUGUGGUUCUGCCUGAAAAUCACAGCAGUAUCUUUGUAUGGCUUUUAAGCUAAAGUGUAUGUUAUGGCUCAAUAUGAAACAUAAUUCAAAGUAUUUGUUUGGAGA